AUGCCGGGUGCUAUACCUGGUGCUAUGACAGAUGCUAUGCCAGGUGCUAUACCUAGUGCUAUGCCAGAUGCUAUGCCGGGUGCUAUGCCGGGUGCUAUGCCAGGUGCUAUGUCAGGUGCCCUGCCAGGUGCUAUGCCAGAUGCUAUACACAGUGAUAUGGCAGGUGCUAUGCCAGGUGCUAUGCCAGGUGCUAUGCCAGGUGCCCUGCCAGGUGCUAUACAAAGUGAUAUGGCAGGUGCUGUACAAAGCGAUAUGGCAGGUGCUAUGCAAAGUGAUAUGGCAGGUGCUAUGCAAAGUGAUAUGGCAGGUGCUAUACAAAGCGAUAUGGCAGGUGCUAUACAAAUCGAUAUGGCAGGUGCUAUGCCAGGUGCUAUGCCAGGUGCUAUGCCAGGUGCCCUGCCAGGUGCUAUGCCAGAUGCUAUACAAAGUGAUAUGGCAGGUGCUAUGGCAGGUGCUAUGGCAGGUGCUAUGGCAGGUGCUAUGGCAGGUCCUAUGGCAGGUGCCCUGCCAGGUGCUAUACAAAGUGAUAUGGCAGGUGCUAUACAAAGCGAUAUGCCAGGUGCUAUACCUUGUGCUAUGCCAGGUGCCCUGCCAGGUGCUAUGCCAGGUGCUAUGCCAGGUGCUAUGCCAGGUGCUAUGCAAGGUCCAGGUCCUGGGCGAGGUCCUGGGCCUUUGGAUGGCCCUGGUCCUGGGCGAGGUCCUGGGCCUUGGGAUGGCGCUGGUCCUGGGCAAGGUCCUGGGCCUUUGGAUGGCCCUGGUCCUGGGCAAGGUCCUGGGCCUUUGGAUGGCCCUGGUCCUGGGCGAGGUCCUGGGCCUUGGGAUGGCCCUGGUCCUGGGCGAGGUCCUGGGCCUUGGGAUGGCCCUGGUCCUAGGCAAGGCCCUCCAUAUGGUGGCAAACAUGGCUAA